UCCAAUCAGCUGUUUGUUACUUGGUUAGGUUGUUGCUUUCAAUGUCAAGAUAAAAAUAACACUAAAAUUAUAAAAUAGAAUUUUGUUGUUAAUAAAACAAGGCAGACCUAAAGUAAUUAUUCAGAAUAUGUGAAUUAAACCGACUGUUUCAAAAUAAAAGACAAUGGCAGCAGUUGAACUUCCGUUUGAGGUUUUAGUAUACCUUUUCAAAUAUUUACCAAACUCUGACAGAAAAUCAGCGAGUGAAACAUGCCGGUCAUGGUAUUUAGCAGCAAAUGAUUACUGCUUUUUAAAGGAAAAAAUGCUUGUAUUUUUCAAAGCAGAUUUGAAUGGAGAGUCUUCACCUUUGCAAAUUAUAGAAAAUUCAAUUAUACCUUAUGAAAACUUCCUAUUCAGUGAAGUGGAAAUAUCUAACAAAAUCAACAAUUUUUGGAAUAAAAUAGGGGAGAAUAUAAAAAGUUUAACUAUUCGGAAGUGUGACGUACACGAAAAAGUAGUAAAUUAUGUCUUACAAAGAUGUACCAACCUGGAGGUACUGAAUAUACAAACUUGUAAAGAACUCUUUAUGUCCGGAUGCUUAUUAGAAAAGACAGAUGACUGGUUACACAAUAGCUUUAAAAACUUGAAAAGUUUGAACCUGUCUGAAAACAAGUACAUAACUGAUGCAUUAUUUUAUAGAUUUGUUAAGGCAGCACCAGAAUUAAAUGAUUUAUGUUUAUCCUUAUGCCCCUUGCAAUUUCAUGGUGGCUUCAUAAAAAAGUUUUAUUCAAAAACAAACAAUAUCUUCGAAGCACCUUCCGAAUGUGUUUUCACAUUCUAUUUUGUGAUGCAAAUUAUUAUUGCUAGAGCCAAAAAAAUUCGAAGUUUGGUGUUUUCUAAUACGCUCAUCGAUGGAGCUGCAUUAAAGUCUUUAGCAGAAAUUGAAGAUCUCAAACUGGAUUCUCUACAAUUGAAUGCCUGUGAUCAGCUCACGAACGGGGGAAUCAUUGCACUAACGAUACACCAGACAUGGCUAAGAGAACUCAAUAUCGCCUUAUGCACAAGGGUGUCUGACGAAUCUUUAAUGUGCAUCUGUGAUAAUCUAAAAAAUUUGGAGUACCUGAAUGUACAAAGAUGUAGAACCAUUUCAGAUUUAGGGAUAUCCGAUUUACACAAAUUAAAAAAGUUGAAACGAUUAAACAUUUCCCAGUGUGAACUUAUUAGUAAAACAGGUAUAAAGCUAGGUCUGUGUAGAGAAAAAAAUUUAAUUUUAGAAGAGUUAAAUAUAAAUUCUCUAAAUAUACACCAGAAUGGUGUCAUAAUGAUCUCUGAAAAACUACCAAACUUGACUUACCUAGAUUUAAGUUUUUGCUUUAAUGCCGUAACUGAUACUUCAAUACAAGUCGUUUUUAAAAACCUAGUACUUUUAAGGACACUGAAAAUCACUUAUUGUGAUAAAGUUUCUGAUGCGGGGUUUACUGGCAUGGGUAAGGUGGAAGCUGAAGGCAACGACGAUGGACCUGUGAUGUCGAGUUACAAUGAAAUGAGUACACCCAAUAAAAUACAUUUGGGAUCUAGAGCAGAGGAAGAGAUCGUUCGUGAUGCGCGAAGAAAACGUGAUGUACUGAAAAUGUGUGAAAAAUUAACUAUGGAUUCUUACACUGGAUACUCCUUGGCUCGGCUUAAGUCUCUCAGGAAACUAAACCUCAGUGGAUGCAAUAGGAUGACCGAUGUCAGCCUAACAUAUGCCUUCGCUUUCAAAGAGCUGCAAAGCUUAGAUUUGAGUAGAUGCCAACAAAUCACGGUGGAUGGAGUGAAACAUUUAGUGAGAAAUUGUCCAAGUAUCGAAUAUCUUAAUUUAAAUGAUUGCUACAACUUAAAAGAUGAUGCUGUGAUAGAAAUAGUAAAAGGAUUGAGAAGAUUGCAACAUCUUAAGUUAAGGGGUUGCAAUCAGCUUACAGAUAAGUCAUUGGAAGCAAUAAGGGACCACUGCAAAAGUCUCAAAAUGCUGGACGUCCAGGGCUGCCACAACAUCUCUGCUGAACUAGCUUGCUCGCUCGGGUCCCUGCCUACCCUGCACACGGUGCUGAUGCUGAAGCCGGGGACAUGUUACAUCUCAGAGGGAGUGAAGAACAGAGCACCGGUGCCCCCGAGCAUGACAGCUUUAAUGAGAAAACUACGACUAUGAAUUAUGGUUACUGGGUUCUUCAUCUUCAUCGCUUAUAACUCAUUUAUCACACUUCACACUAAUAUUAUAAAGGCGAAAGUUUGUGUGUAUGUAAGUAUGUAUGUACUUAUGUAUGUGUGUGUGAGUGUUUGUUACUCCUUCACGCAAACCGAUUUGGCUACAAGACCGAUUUGGCUGAAA